CGGAGUGCAGUGUCUCUAGAUGCAGUGACUGCUGGAAUAUUCAAUAUUAUUUAUUUAUUUUCUUUCUUUUUUUUGCGGGUUCGUACUACACAAAGUGUGGCAUCCGCAUAGGACACUGGUUUACAGAUGGCUGUUAAAAUGCAUUUACAGCAACAACGAACUGCAUCUUUGACUUUUGCAAUUUCUUGCAGACUGCUGCUGAUUGCUGUGGCGCUGACAGGUAACGCAAAGGCACAACACUUUGACAGUUUGGGAUUAUCAUACCAGCUCAGGUCGGGACCGUCUGAAGAUGCUAUAUUGGUUGCCAACAAUGGAAUAAGAGUGCCGUUUGGAAAAUCCGUUUUUAUUGAUCCGAUCAAUGAUCUGGUAAUCCAAGUUCAACCGGGAGAUAGAUGCAGCAUUAUAGUACUGGAGAAUGACCCUCUAACACAGAGACCGGGACAGCUGACACCUAAAAAGUUUCCUUGUGACUUCGGCCAUAAUGACGUGAAGUAUUCGCAUUUCGGGUCUAGAAGCCCUUCCAAGGACAGAGUAAAGUUGCAACUCAGGUAUGAUACCCAAACUGAUACUAUUAUUAUACCGUUUAUGAUGGAAGUUGAGGUGGUUUUUACCCAGCUGGAGAUCCUAACUAGAAACAUGCCUCUGACAGUGGAGAAGCUGCUUGGCACUAGUAAUCCUAUUGACAGAAAAGUUUUGGAGUUUACUUUUGAUAGAAAUUCUGAGGUGUGCAAGAUUACUACUUUAACAAGUGCGAGUGGGCUCCCCAGAUACGGAAAACUGAUUAAUAAUGCAAGAGUUGGAAAGAUGGUGGACUGCGAUGAAUUUGUAAAACUAGAUGCACGCUACCAGCAUACAUCUGUCAUCAGAUCACCAAACAGGGACUAUAUACCUAUGGUUGUGGAGCUGCAGGACAAAGAGGGCAACCUGCUCAAACAGGAGUAUUUCCAAAUGAUGGUCCGCAUUAGAGAAGGGGAGGAAAACACUGCACCAAAGCCAAGUUUUGUAGCUAUGAUGAUGAUGGAAGUGGACCAGUUUGUUAUGACAGCUAUAACCCCUGACAUGCUGGCAGCAGAAGAUACUGAGUCUGACCCAGAUGAUUUAAUCUUUAACAUCACCUCCCCGCUGUCUUCUGAGCAAGGCUAUAUUGUGAGUACUGAUGAUAGAAAUUUGCCUAUAACUUCUUUUUAUCAGGGUGACCUUAAAGAUUUAAAAAUAGCCUACAAGCCUCCCUCAGAGGACUCUCAAGUUGAGAGAAUUUUCCAAAUUGAGUUUGAAAUUGUGGACACAGAAGGAGCUGUGUCAGACCCCUUUGCCUUCAUGAUUGUUGUAAAGCCCAUGAAUACGCUUGCCCCUGUUGUGACAAGGAACACUGGUCAGCUGUUAUAUGAAGGUCAGUCCAGACCAUUGGCCAGUUCACAGAAUCUACAAAUUAGUGAUGAGGAUAACUUGGAUGAAGUCAGGGUGACUGUUAUUGAUGGGCUGAGGCAUGGACAGCUGACAAUCCUAGGCUCAAGGAGAAAAUUUUUCACUCCAGCUGACCUUGAUACAGGUGUAGUUAUUUACCAGCAUGAUGGGAGUGACACAUACAGUGACAACAUCAUCUUUAGGAUGACAGAUGGCAAACAUGAAGUUGAGUUUCUGUUUCCGAUUACCAUUGUGCCAACCGAUGACGAGCCACCGUUUAUAAAUGCUAACACUGGACUUGUACUGUCUAAGAAUGAAAUGUUGCCAAUCUCUCCAUUUGUGUUAAGUGCUACUGACAUUGACUCUGAAGAUUCCACCAUAAGGUUUACAAUUGAACCUCCCUUCUCCACUAUCGGGGAGGUUGUGCUUCGUCAGUCAGAGGCCCCUGAAGACCGCUCAUCUUGGACAUUUAUAGCAGAUGAUGAGGUUUUUGAAAAAGUAGUGACAGAAUGGUUCCAGCAGGAUAUUAUGUCAGGAAAGUUGUUUUAUAGGCAUGUGGGACCUCAUAGCACCAGUACUGUAAUGGAUCAGUUUGUGUUUCGGGUUCAAGAUGACAAUGACCCCCCAAACCAGUCAGGUGAAAACACUUUUAUUGCCAAAAUUCUGCCAGUAGAUGACAUCCCUCCUGAACUGUACAGUGGAACGUCCUUAAAUAUGAUUGUACAGGAAUACAAACUGACACACUUUAGAAAGAAAUUCCUGCGCUAUACUGAUUUAGACUCUGAUGACAGAGAUUUGAAAUACACUAUAAUUACACCACCAACUGACACUGAUGAAAAUAACCCUGUUGUGCUUGGUUAUAUUGUUUUAACAGACAGCCCUGACGUGACAGUAACUGAAUUUACUCAAGCACAAAUCAACCACCACAAAAUUGCUUACAAGCCCCCAGACCUAGAAUUAGGAAUCACUGCCCAUGUGCUUCAAUUCCAGUACACAGUUGAAGACACAGCUGGAAACACUGUUGAGGGUACGUUUACCAUCUUUCUUCAACCAGUUGACAACAAGCCUCCUCAGAUUACCAACACUGGCUUCAAUGUGUUUGAAAGGGGCACUCACAUCAUCACAAGUGCAGAACUUGAUACCAGUGAUGCAGACACUGACAGCAAAUAUAUAUCAUUUACACUAACCCAGCCUCCCAUGCAUGGUCAUGUUCAAUAUACUGACACUUAUAUCACUGAAGGAGAUGCAUUUAACUUAGAUGACAUUGCCAGUGGCAGAAUAGCUUACAUCCAUGACGGGUAUGAGUCCACUAGUGACUCAUUUAAAUUAGAUGUCAGUGAUGGGGUACAUGUUGUCACAAUAACAAUCCGAGUCAAUGUAAGUCCAAUAGAUGAUGAAGUACCAACCAUUAUGCUCCCAGCUGGCACAAUUGGGUCCUAUAUAGAUGUUUUAGAAAAUGGAGCCACUGAGAUCACAACCAGUGUUAUUCAGGGAAGAGAUGAGGACACUGAUGACCUCAUGCUGACUUUUAUUGUUGAAGACCGUCCUCUUCUUGGAGAAAUCUUAGUAAAUGGAAUCCCUACUGAAAGAUUUACACAGGGUGACAUCAUCAAUGGGGUUGUGGUUUACGCACAUACAAGCGGGGAGAUCGGCCUUGAUAAGCAGGAGGAUUAUUUCAACUUGACCCUUUCUGACUUGUCUGAUGAAUGGAAUGUCGGGGGUAAUAAAGUCCAAGGAGUUCGAGUACAGGUCACCAUCCUUCCAGUUGAUAGUCAAGCUCCAGAGGUGACUGUGGGCCAGCAGUUCACUGUAGUAGAAGGUGAAAAAAAUGCCAUUGAGCUUGAGCAUGUAAGUGCUGAAGAUAUUGAUACCGCCAAUGAUGACAUUCUUUGUACAAUUAUAGUCCAGCCAACUUCUGGCUAUAUAGAGAACAUCUCACCAGCACCUGGUUCUGAGAAGUCACGUUCAGGGACUGCCGUUAGUGCUUUUACUAUGAAGGACAUUCGUCUUGGACAUAUUUAUUAUGUUCAAAGUAUUCACAAAGGUGUUGAACCAGUUGAAGACAGAUUUACUUUCCGAUGCUCUGAUGGGAUUAAUUUUUCACAAAGACAUUUCUUCCCCAUUAUUAUCGUCCCAGCUAAUGACGAAAAGCCUGAAAUCUUUAUGAGAGAAUUUGUUGUAAUGGAAGGCAUGAACAUUGUAAUUGACACUCCAAUUCUUAAUGCUGUAGAUUCCGAUAUACCUGCUGAUGAUUUAGUGUUUAUUAUCACUAAACCACCAAAGCAUGGUUUCAUUGUCAACCAGUUAACCACAGGUACAGUUCCUGUCAACAACUUUACCCUUGACCAGAUCAAGGAGAGCUCCAGUAUUGUUUAUGAACAUGAUGACUCUGAGACCACAGAAGACAGCUUUGAUAUCAUACUUACUGAUGGGAAGCACACAGUGAAGAAAACAGUUAUCAUUAUGGUUAUUCCUGUGGAUGAUGAAACACCAAGAAUGACUAUUAAUGACGGACUGGAAAUUGAGAUAGGGGAAAGCAAAAUAAUUAGUAAUAACGUCCUAAAGGCUACUGAUCUGGAUUCUGAAGACAAAACAUUGACCUACAUUAUUCGCUAUGGCCCUGGCCAAGGUCUACUGCAAAAGCAGAAACCUUCAGGUAGCUUUGAAAAUAUUACUGUGGGAAUGAACUUUACGCAAGAUCAAGUGGACAACAAUCUAAUUGUGUACUUUCACAAUGGACAAGAAGGUGUUCGUGAUCUUAUCAAAUUUGAUGUCACUGAUGGCAUAAAUCCUCUUAUUGAUAGAUACUUUUACAUCACAGUUGGCAGCAUUGAUAUGAUUUUUCCUGAUGUAAUCAGUAAAGGCGUGUCUUUAAAAGAAGGGGGGAGGGUGACCCUCACAACAGAUUUGCUCAGCACCAGUGACCUGAACAGCCCUGAUGAAAACCUGGAAUUCACCAUCACCAGAGCCCCUGUACGCGGGCAUUUGGAAUGCACAGAUACACCUGGAGUGCCCAUUUCUUCAUUUACACAACUCCAGCUAGCUGGCAACAAAGUGUACUACAUUCAUACAUCCGAUGAUGAAGUGAAGAUGGACAGCUUUGAGUUUGAGGUCACUGAUGGGUAUAACCCAGUGUUUCGUACUUUCAGGGUGUCCAUCACAGAUGUGGACAACAAGAAACCUGUGGUUACAGUGCAUGACCUGGUGGUCACUGAGGGUGAGAACAAACUCAUCACACCCUUUGAGCUCACUGUAGAAGACAGAGAUACACCUGACCACUUCUUGAGACUCACUAUCACCCAAGUGCCAGUACAUGGCCGACUGCUGUUCAACAGCACUAGACCAGUAACCUCGUUUACCAAGCAGGACUUAAACGAGAAUCUGAUCAGCUACAAGCAUGAUGGCACAGAGUCCCCAGAAGACAGCUUCUCAUUUACUGUCACUGACGGAACUCAUACCGAUUUCUACGUCUUUCCUGACACCAUAUUUGAAACCCGAAAACCGCAAAUGAUGAAGAUCAGUAUCAUUUCAGUGGACAAUGGUGUGCCACAAAUCAUUGUGAACAAAGGUGCUCCAACUCUGAGGAUUCUGACUACUGGACACCUUGGCUUUAUGAUUACAAGCAAGGCCUUAAAGGCAGAGGAUAAAGACAGCACCCAGAUCUCCCUGAAAUUCAAAAUCACACUGGGUCCCGAACAUGGCUACCUCAUCAACAUGGGGAAGGGGAACGACUCCAUCACUGAAUUUAGCCAAGCUGAUAUUGAUGACAUGAAGAUUUGCUUUGUCUUAAGAGAGGGAGACAAUGCUACAAGUGACAUCUUCUACUUUACGAUUGAAGACAGUGGGGGCAAUAAACUGAAGAACCAGUUGUUCCGCCUGAACUGGGCCUGGAUCUCUCUGGAGAAGGAGUAUUACGUGGUGGAUGAGCAGACCAAGUUUCUGGAGGUGGUGCUGAAGCGCAGGGGAUACCUUGGGGAGACGUCGUUUGUCAGUAUUGGCACAAAGGAUGGUACAGCUGAAAAAGACAAAGAUUUCAGGGGGAAGUCUCAGAAGCAGGUGCAGUUCAACCCAGGCCAGACCACAGCGACAUGGAGAGUACGAAUCCUGACUGACAAUGAGUUUGAGCAGUCAGAAACCUUCCAGAUUGUUCUGUCUGAGCCGGUGAUGGCUGCCCUUGAAUUCCCAGAGAUUGCCACAGUGGAGAUCCUUGACCCAGCUGACGAGUCCACAGUCUUUAUCCCCCAGUCGACAUAUUCCAUAGAAGAAGACAUUGGUGAGCUGAUGAUCCCAGUCAGGAGAAGUGGGGAUGUAAGCCAGGAGCUGAUGGUCAUCUGCUUCACUCAACAUGGCACUGCCACGGGCACCAUUCCCACGAGCGUGCUGUCUUACUCGGACUACAUUUCCCGCCUUGAGGACCACAACAGCGUGCUGCGUUUCGACAAGGGCGAGACGGAGAAGUUGUGCCGAGUCGUCGUCAUUGACGAUUCGCUGUACGAGCAGGAGGAGACUUUUAACGUGACCCUGAGCAUGCCCAUGGGAGGACGCAUCGGCAGCGAGUAUCCAUCCACUCAGAUCACUAUCGUGCAGGACACAGAUGACAUACCUGUUUUCUACUUUGGACAUACUGAAUACCAUGUUGAUGAGAGUGAUGGCUACGUGGAAGUCCGUGUGUGGAGGACUGGGACAGACCUCUCCAGGACGGCUACUGUCACAGUGCGAUCCCGGAAAACUGAUCCAGUGUCUGCAGAAGCUGGUAUAGAUUAUGUGGGUAUCAGCCGUAACUUGGACUUUGCCCCUGGAGUGAACAUGCAGACUUUCCGUGUGAUUAUUCUGGAUGACUUGGGCCAGCCAGUCCUGGAGGGACCAGAGCAUUUUGAACUUGUUCUGCGGAUGCCCAUGAACGGCAUUGUGGGAGAGCCAGGGAAAGUCACAGUGAUCAUCAAUGACUCUGUCUCAGACUUGCCAAAGGUUCAAUUUAAAGAGCCAAUGUACAUGGGGAACGAGGAGGACGGACAGAUUACUGCCAUAGUGUAUCGAAGUGGAGAUAUCAACUACAAAUCAACAGUCCGGUGUUAUACUCGACAAGGGACUGCACAGGUCAUGAUGGACUUUGAUGAACGACCAAACACAGAUGAUACUAUCAUUUCCUUCCUGCCUGGGGAGAUUGAGAAGCCAUGCAUUUUGACACUGGCAGAUGAUACUAUCCAUGAAGAAGAUGAAGAGCUGAGGCUGGUCCUAGGUAGCCCCAAGAGCGAGUCGCCAUUCGGAGCCUCUAUUGGCGAACAGAAGGAGACACUGAUCAAAAUCAAAGACAACGCAGACAAGGCCAUCAUUAAGUUUGGGGAGACAAAGUUCAGCGUCAGCGAACCCAAGGAAGCUGGGCAGAUCACCGUUGUUAAAAUUCCAGUCCUUCGUCUGGGAGACACUUCAAAGGUGUCCAUUGUCAGGGUCCACACAAAGGACGGCUCUGCCACCUCUGGAGAGGACUACCACCCUGUGUCUGAAGAAAUUGAAUUCAAGGAAGGAGAAACUCAGCACAUUGUGGAGGUUGAGGUUUUGUACGACGGGGUGAGAGAGAUGAGAGAGGCCUUCACCAUACAUCUGAAACCUGACGAGAACAUGGUAGCAGAGACCCAGAUGAACAAAGCAAUCAUUUACAUUGAAGAGACUAACAGCAUGGCUGAUGUGACUUUCCCAUCCGUGCCACAUGUUGUGUCUCUGUUGUUGUAUGACGAUACUGUCAGGACUAGAGAGAACCCGAACGCACCUGCUGGUUAUCCCGUUGUCUGUGUCACAGCUUGCAAUCCUAAAUACUCUGACUACGACAAGACAGGUUCCCUCUGUUCCAGCGAGCACAUCAACAACACUCUCACACGGUACCGCUGGCUGGUGAGCGCCCCCACUGGCCCUGAUGGAGUGACCAGCCCCAUGCGCGAGGUGGACUUCGACACAUUCUUCACCUCUUCCAAGCUCAUCACCCUGGACUCCAUCUACUUCCAGGCAGGCUCCCGGGUGCAGUGUGCCGCCAGAGCCGUCAACUCCAACGGGGACGAGGGCUUGGAGCUGAUGAGCCCCAUCGUCUCAGCCAGCGUGGAGGACGGUAUGUGCCAGCCCCGCAUUGUCGGGGCGGUGGGAGCCGAGCCCUUUUCUGCAAAGCUGCGCUACACUGGACCUGAAGACCCAGACCACCCCAACCUUAUCAAAGUUACUGUCACAAUGCCACACAUCGAUGGAAUGCUUCCCGUCAUCUCCACGAGAGACUUAUCCAAUUUCGAAUUAACGCUGAGUCCAGAUGGAACCCGUGUUGGGAACCACAAGUGCUCAAACUUGCUGGACUACAACGAGGUGAAGACCCGCUACGGCUUCCUGACAGAUGCCACCAAAAACCCUGAAGUGAUUGGAGAGACAUCCCCCUACCAGUACAGCUCGGCACUCAGGGGGUCCAACACCCUCCGCUUCUAUAGAAACCUUAACCUGGAGGCCUGUCUUUGGGAGUUUGUCAGCUACUAUGACAUGUCUGAGCUCCUCACAGACUGCGGGGGCACCAUUGGGACAGAUGGCCAGGUGCUGAACCUUGUGCAGUCCUAUGUAACGCUGCGAGUCCCACUGCACGUGUCCUAUGUGUUCCAUUCCCCAGUGGGGGCGGGAGGCUGGCAGCACUUCGACCUGCAAUCAGAGCUCCGCUUGACAUUUGUGUAUGACACUGCCAUCUUGUGGAAGGAUGGCAUCGGCAGCCCCGCAGAAGCUGAGUUACAAGGUGCCCUCUAUCCAACCAGCAUGCGCAUCAAUGAAGAGGGGCGCCUGGUUGUAAAUUUCAGGACAGAGGUCCGAUUCCGUGGUUUGUUUGUGACCUCCCAUUCCGCAUCCUCCCUCUCCUCUAUGAUAAUGUGCGCUGACCACCCAGGUCUUACCUUCAGCCUGAGCUUGAUCCGAAACGAGCCCACCUAUAACCAGCCUAUGCAGCAAUGGACCUUCAUUUCUGAUUUUGCUGUUCGGGAUUACUCGGGCACAUACACUGUGAAACUUAUCCCAUGUACAGCUUCCCCAAACCAAGAGUACAGCGUUCCAGUAGUCUGUAGCCCAAGAGAGCCCAUCACCUUUGACCUUGAUAUCAGAUUCCAACAGGUGAGUGACCCUGUGGCUGCUGAGUUCAGUUUGAACACACAGAUGAUCCUGCUGUCAAAGAAAGCUCUCUGGUUAUCUGAUGGUUCUAUGGGAUUCGGGCAGGAGAGUGAUAUUGCUUUCGCAGAAGGUGACGUUAUCUAUGGCCGUGUGAUGGUAGACCCAGUACAGAAUCUGGGGGACUCUUUCAUGUGCAACAUUGAGAAAGUUUUCCUGUGCACUGGCGCUGAUGGAUAUGUACCAAAGUACAACCCCACAAAAUCUGAAUUUGGCUGUCUGGCUGACUCCCCUUCUCUCCUGUACAGAUUCAAGAUCAUUGACAAGGCUCAGCCUGAGACUCAAGCCAGAACCUUUGGCGAUGUGCGAUUCAACGCACUGCUGGCAGUGGAUGACCCUGAAGCACUCUCUCUAGUGAGGCAACCUGGGUCUGAUGGAUUCAGAGUUGACUCCACUGCUUUCUUCCAGGUAGCUGCUGGCCGGGAGUGGUAUAUCCAUACCAUUUACACAGUGCGUUCAAGAGAAAACUCUAACCGAGGCAUUGGCAAGAGGAGCCUGGAGUAUCAGUACCACUCUGUUGUGCAGAGCCGUGAUCUACAUGCUGUGGCGCAGCCUCGUUCCAAGAGAGCCACCAGAGGGGCUCCAGCUAUCGCACAGGACAUUGGUGUGGAAAACAACAGGGGUACCAACAUACAGCACAUCGCACUUGAUCGCAGUAACAAGAAACUGCAUCCUCAAAGAGAAGACUUUGAGGAAGGCAUUAUCCCCCGAGAGCUGCACAACAAAGAGUCUGAGGACAACCUGGUCACUAUAGUUGGGGGGCUAGCGGGCUUGCUGCUCACUAUCUGCCUCAUCGUUAUCAUCAUCCUGCUACUGAAACGCAGGCAGAAGUCGAAGAAAAAGGACACACCCAAGGGUUCUGCCAGCACAGAGCCAAUGAUGUCACAUAGUUAUCAGAGUAGUGACAGUUCAGAAGUUUGAUUUCACACACACAUGUAUACAUAUACACAUUUACAACUAGGACUACUGGAGAUUUCAAAUUCAACUUUACAAGUGCCUCAAGCAAUGAACUUGUAACUGUUUCUUUAAUGCAAACAUUUUUAAAAACAUUACCUUCACCUCCAUCACAUAUCAUGUGGCUCUGACACUACUGUACUUGAAAAGGUGCAGCACUUGAAUUGCUGCCUCUUACGGAUAGAAAGACUCUUGACACUGUAAUAAGUCAAGAGGCACUUGACUUUCCUUAAGGUUUUGUUUUAUUUUUUUAGUUUUCGAGUUUCCUCAAAGAAUGUUAUCCAUAGGUGCUAAUGGUUUCCUUUUUCAUUGGAAGUGGAGAUCAAUUCAUUUGUUUCAAUGCUGAUGUUCAAGGGGCAAUGAUUAUGAAUAAAAGUCAAUGAAGGGAAGGUGCUUCUUUUCACAUUAAUAUGCAAUUGCCCAUUAGCAGUAUAUCUGAGAAAUGUGUGCUCUACUUAGUAUUAAGAAUAAAUUAUUAUAUUUAUGUUAUACAUUUAUAAUGUUGACACCAUUAUGAUAAUACAAUACACAUUUUUGGAUAGAGCCUAAGAUACUGCCAUGUAAGGCCUAUUAUAGUACUUGUAAGUUUAGGUGUCAAAGUUGUCAGAGUUCUUAAGAUUUUUAUACUUAAGUUUAAUUUAUUUUGUUUGCCUGGGAUUUUUUUUUCAAAGACUAGAGUGACAUCCAGUGGCCUUAACUGUAAUUGCAGCUAAAUUAGCUUUUUUUUUGGUUGUUGUUGCAUUGCAAUUGAUAUACCGGUAAGUCAGAUCCAAAUUUUCUGGACACUUUUAUGGAAAAGGCAUCGUGAGGAGAUCAUGUACUGUAACAGGGUAACAAAAACAUUCAUUGAUUUAUAUGUGUAAUCAUUGCACCUUAUCUUAAACAAACCAAAAGUUGGUUUUCCAUUAAGUCUGUACUCUUUAGUCAGCAGCACUGAUAUAUUCUCAGUUAUGCCAAGCGACAGUAUGCUCAGAUCCAGUCUACAUUUCCAUACCAGUCCAUAUUGUGUGUACUAUUUGUGCAUGUGUGCUGCUUUUUGUUUUUUUAAGAACAAUGCUAGAUUGUAUGUUGUAGUGCAUGUGUUAAAGCAGGAAUGGAUUUUUGCAAAACUGUAUGAGGAUUUCAUACCUCAUUAUCUGCUGCAAAAUUACUUAGUAAAGAAUACUCUGGCUUGUGUACAUAACAAGGUAAGGCAUUGAAAGAAACAUUAUUACACAACUGUGGUGCCUUUCCUAGGUAUGUAUGACAUAGGUGUACAGUAUAUGGCCAAGGAUUUGUAUUUUUGAAACUCUUUUAUUGGUAUUUUUAUAUUAACUAGAAUAUUGUGAUUACAAAUGAAGCACUGAUUCUUUGAUUCCAGGUGCUGUGUGACUGCUGGUGUACCGUGAGAUUUAACAUCCAGACAGCUGUUCUACUGAAAUGCAGUAACAGGCCCAUUAGAUAUCCCUUUAUAUUGCUAGUUUAGAAAAGCCCUUAAUUUACCACUUAUGAGAGUUUAAUAUUAUGGAUGCCCUACUAACUAUAGGACAAAAGAUCUGCUCAACUCAAGAAGAAAAGCAGAUAGAAACCAAUUAAGACAUUUUGUCAAAACAAUUGUAUACUGACAGUACAAGUUUGACCAUUUAGGUCUAGUUUAUAUGUAUUAUCUGCAGCCCUGUCAUUUUGAAUCAUAGAGAGUUAGCAUGGUUUCAGAUCAACAACAGAACCCAUGUCAUUUAAUUCCAUUUCGGGAGCAAAGGUUAUUCAGAAGAGUUUUUACUUCAAGUGGUUCUGUCAAUAUAAAGCUAUAGUUCACAGAACACUGAGUAGCAGUGUCACAACUGCUUGAAGUAAAGAAACAAAACUGGAAAGAAACUUAACAAUAACAGUAAGUCAGAUGAAUCCAAAACCUUAGGGACUAUUUUAAGGAACAUUUUCUUGUGUUCAGUUAAACACUGCUGUGAAAAAUGAGAUUUAAAUUAUUAACCUGUCUAAAUCAACUGAAAACAGUUCAAGAAAUGUGGCACCAUUUAGCUAAUAAAUCAAAAUGGUGUUUAAACAGUUCUUAGAGCUUUGUGGAUAGGCCCAAAAGGUGUUGUAUUUGAUGUGUUAACUAAAGUAUGGGUGAACUUAAAAAAAGGGAAAUGGAAUUUACAGCUGCGUUAUACUGCUAAAUUAGUCCUGAAAUGUAAAUUAAGAAGUAUCCUCUCUGUUUAAGCCACUGUUUUACAUUUGUAGACAAAUUCUUAUGAAAUGCUUUGAAGUAGUUUCCCAAGUAGCAGUCGUUAGCAAGUAUGUUUUAAAAUAUAUAUAUUUACUGUUUUAUUAUUGCCGUUUGGGGCAUCUUGUGUAUUAAAUGUGUCUUUGCAUAACAUGUCACAUUUCCUAUUAAGAAAUAGGAGUGCCAUGCAAUCUUCAGUACAUUAUAACCAUUUGUAUUCAUAGUAUAAAAUCCUUAUACAUUUUAGCAUUUCAUUAUUGUAAGUACUUGAGACACUGUCAUUUUGUUUUCUUUUGGUUUUGUUUUCGUACUCAAAUAUAUUCAACCCUGAUACAUGUGUUUAGGUCCAUUUCUGUAAUAUCAGGUAGUUUUUGUAAGUCUUUUACACAUUUUUGUUUCUCAUAUUAUGUAUAAAAAUAUAUAUAUUUAAAACAGGAAUAUUUGUUUGGCUGUUUUGGGGAGUGGUCAGUGUUACGAUGCUGAAUAUGUACUGUAAUUAUUUGUAACAUGGACCUCCAAGCACAAACUGAUUGUGGUCUGCAAUAAAAAAAUUAAAAAAUAAACUUUUUUUCCAUACAA